AUCUUGUUUGUUGAGUUGUCGCUGUCGCUGUUUUAUCGUAAAAUAAUAAAACCAUUGUUCUCAACCAGAGAAAACCGAAUUAACUCAGCAAUUCAAUAUGAUGGACUGUGUAGAAGACACCAACAGUGACCCCCUGUCGGUGCCAGCCGCCCCGGUCGACCUCGACAGCACCAAGCUCGACAAGAAGAGACCUAGUGAGAAUGUGUCAUUGGCUGAUAACAGCUUGUUGGUGGACAUCUCAGACGCUCUCAGCGAGAAGGAGAAAGUAAAGUUCACAGUGCACACUAAGACCACUCUGCCAGAGUACCAGAAGUGCGAGUUCCUUGUGGUGCGACAACAUGAGGAGUUUGUGUGGCUGCACGACAGAUACGAGGAGAAUGAUGAAUAUGCUGGGUAUAUUAUCCCGCCGGCGCCCCCGCGGCCCGACUUCGACGCUUCGCGCGAGAAACUGCAGCGCCUCGGAGAGGGCGAGGGUGCUCUAACCAGGGAAGAGUUCCUGAAGAUGAAGGAGGAAUUGGAAGAUGAAUACCUAGCCACGUUCAAGAAGACGGUGGCCAUGCAUGAAGUGUUCCUGCAGCGGUUGGCCGCCCACCCCGUGUUCAGGAACGACGCUCACUUGAGGGUGUUCCUGCAGUAUGAGCAGGAACUGUGUGCGAAGCCGAGAGGGAAGAUGGACCUGAUUGGUGGACUGAUGCGUUCAAUGACCACAACAACUGACGAGAUAUACCUCGGCGCGACCGUGCGAGAUGUCAACGACUUCUUCGAACAAGAGACGUCGUUCCUGCAGGAGUACUGCGCGGCUCUGAAGGAGGCUGUGGCUAAGGCUGAUAGGUUGACCACUAAGCAUAAGGAGGUAGCGGACGCGCACAUCAAACUAUCAUCCUGUAUCACGCAGCUGGCGAGCCGCGAGCACCCGCCGACUGAGCGGUUCCUCACGCGAACCGCCGACACCUUCGACAAGUGUCGGAAAAUCGAGGGUCGCAUGGCGUCGGACCAGGACCUCAAGCUAGCCGACACACUUCGCUACUACAUGCGGGACACUAACGCUGCCAAGGCUGUGUUGGUCAGGAGGCUGAGAUGUCUAGCUGCGUACGAAGCUGCGAAUCGCAACCUAGAAAAGGCCCGAGCUAAGAACAAGGACGUGCACGCGGCGGAGCAGCAGCAGGCGGACGCGUGCGCGAAGUUCGAGCAGCUCUCUGCCCGCGCUAGAGAAGAGCUAAUUGAUUUCAGGACACGACGCGUCGCUGCGUUUAGGAAGAGUCUAAUCGAUCUAGCCGAGCUAGAGAUGAAGCACGCGCGCUCGCAACAGGAGCUGUUCCGCAAGUCUCUACAAGUGCUCACUGAGUGCCAAUAGUGGUACACGUGUAAUAAGUGCAAUCAUACAUUUCCAUUGUAACACGGUGUCACUUGUGUAAAACAUGCAGUCAUAGAUCACAGUGAUUUCGUACUUUUUCCUAUUUUCAAUUACAGUUAUGUUAGUAUCGUUGAUGUCAUUGUUGUGUUAAUAAAAUAAAUAAAAAAAUCAUAUAGAAAUAUUAUUUUUUAAUUGGCAAUGAAGAGAUUUCUUUUUUCGAUUGUGUAUUAGGUGAAAGAUUCUCGUAACACCUUUUGAAAUAAAUUGAAAUUAAGUGUAUUUGUCAUAAAAAUUACAGGAACCUAUUAUUUUGUUAUAAUAGUAAGCAUUUAUUUUAAAAUAUAUAGAAGUUUUUUUGGUAAAUGUUUGUGCUAGUUAUUGUAUUCGUAGUUUAUGCUAGCAAAUAUGUUUAUCCAUUAGAGGGGUACUUGAUAAAAAUAAUUCACAUUUUAAUGUUAUUCACAUAACUUCAUGAUAAGAUUCAAAUGGGCUAGGUAUUAAUUCUAUGAAAUUAAAUUCAUUUUAUCUAAUACUAAAUAAACAAGUAUUCUAUGCACUCAUGGCUCAAAGAGUGCAGGCAAAUCAAACAGACUGCAUAAUAUAUGAUUAAAGUUCACUGUAACUUUCUACUAAUGAACAUAAGUAUAAGUUGCUCCAGUUUUUCAAUAAUUUGGAAAGAAAGAAUAUUGUUAAACUGAAUAAUUACACUAAACCUUUGGUUUAAACGUGUCAAGUCUUUUAGUUUGAUUUAUACCUCGUUUAUGGGUAAAGCUGUAAUGAUUCAUUUAAACGGUGGGUCAAGGCGUUGAAAGAAGAAUUGGUUUAUUGAGAGAAAUACAAAGAUUAAUAUUGAUAUAAAUCUAUGCUAAUCAUAAAACGAUAACGUCAGAGUAACUAAACAAAAGCUUUGAUUAUUCACAUCUUUUCAUUUUCUAUGAAGACGUUUUGAUUAGUUAUUGAUAAAGAGGUUUUAUGUUUGGAGGCACUUGUUCGGUUCGCAAAAGUAUUGUAAAAAAACUAUUGUAUUGUUUAAAAAUUAUGGAUGGAUGUAUAAAUAUUACUUAAAGUAUGUUAGUUAAGUAAGCAAAAUGUUAUUUUAAAAUAUUUUUACUCUAAGAAAAUAUAUAUAUCAAUAUGUACUGUAAA